CGCAAAUACUCGCGAGCGCUGCGGCGGCGCUGUGCGGUUGUGUACAUAUAUAUCUACACACAUACACUGGGUUCGGCUGCGGCGCGGGGGCGGCACACGGCAUUGGAAGGCGCCGGAAGUGUCCGUGUCGAGGGGCGGCGGGAGAGGGGCCACCAAGGCAAGUCAGUCAGAGGAGCUAGGCUCAGCGGCGAGACUCUCAUCCGCCGCGUCCGGAGCGCCCGGCUAGCAGCCGGGCUUUUCUCUUCGGCCAGACAUGGACUUCAGGGAAAUCCUCUUGAUCGCUUCCAAAGGACAAGGUGUCAACCAUGUACCGAAAAGGUAUAGCUUGGCAGUGGGGCCUCCCAAGAAAGACCCAAAAGUUAAAGGUGUCCAGUCGGCAGCCGUGAAAGCAUUCCUCAGGAGGAAAGAAGAGGAGCUUAGACAAAAAGCCUUGGAAGAGAAAAAGAGGAAAGAAGAACUAGUGAAAAAGCGAAUUGAGCUCAAACAUGACAAAAAAGCAAGAGCUAUGGCCAAGAGGACAAAGGACAAUUUCCAUGGUUACGAUGGGAUUCCUAUUGAGGAAAAGUCAAAGAAGAGGCAGGCAGUGGAAAGCCACCUGAACCAGGGAACUGACCAGGACUGUGACAUAGAGGAGGAAGAGUUCCUGGACUACGGCGAAGCAGAGUUGGAACAGGACUAUGAGGAGGAGCAAGAGCCUCCCAAAGUAGAAAGCAAACCAAAGGCCCCCCUUAAAAGUGCCCCACCACCCAUGAACUUCACGGACCUGCUGAGGCUCGCGGAGAAGAAGCAGUUUGAACCAGUGGAGAUCAAGGCGGUGAGGAAAGCAGAAGAUAGGCCUAUGACUGCAGAGGAACUUAGGGAACGGGAGUUUCUUGAACGAAAGCAUAGGAAAAAGAAGCCUGAAACCGAUGCCAAACUACCUCCACCUGUGUCCAAAAGGGCACCAUCUCAGAAGGACAUCAUGGGCACAAAGCCCAGCAGAGGUGCUGGAGACAGGCAGCUUUCUUCCAAAGGAUUGCCCUCUCCUCAUGCUGAGAAGAAAGUCAGGCCCAGCACAGCCAAUGAGAAACAAGCAGCGUUGUCUUCAUCCAGAUCCACGCCAGGAGAGAGGACCAAGGCUGGGUCUGCCAGUAGCUCCCAACCCUCGCUUCGGGAGGGCCACAACAGACCUGUCUUCAAUGGGGCUGGAAAGCCCCGCCCCAGCACCUGUUCACCAAGUGUCCCAAAGACUUCUGCUACUGGGACUCAGAAAUCUGCUUCUGAGCACAAAGCCAAAAAAUCUCUUCCUUCUCAUUCCAGCCAUUCUAAGCCUGGGCCCACAGGUCUCUCCCACAACAAAGCAAAUAUUCCAGGUGUCCGACAGCCAGGCAGCAACGUUGGCUCAGCUCCUGGGCGACCUAGCCCAGGGGCAGCUCAACCCUCAGUUAGUUCUAGCCCUGUGCCCAGGCGCCAGAAUGGCAGCUCCAGCUCAGGGCCUGAGCAGUCUUUCGGUGGGAACAGAAAGCUGGCCAGCAAUUCACACGCCUCCGGGCGAACAGUCAAUGGCACAAGUGGCCCUGGACGGCCUGCAAGCAGCUCAAGUGGCCCUGGACGACCAGUCACUGGGUCUACUGGUUCUGGGAGACCUAUGGGCAGUGCUGGAGGCUCUGGACGGCCUGUAAGCAGCCCGCACGACCUUCGACAACCAAUGAAAAGCCUAGGCUCCUCUGGGCGGUCAGUCAGUGGCCCUGGGAGAGCCAUAAGUGGCUCCGGUCCAGCUGGGCGAACUGUCAGUUCAGGUCCAGGAAGACCCAUGAGCAACUUAGGACCUGGACGACCAGUUAGUAGCCCAGGCCUCCCCACAAAGCCCAAGUGCACUGUUGUUUCAGAAACGAUUUCUUCGAAGAAUAUUAUUAGUCGGUCAAGCAAUGGACAGAUAAAUGGAAUGAAGCCUCCUCUGCCUGGCUACAGAAAUGUCCAAGGUCCUCAAAGGCCCUUCCCUACUGGCUAUAAAAGGCAUCGAGAAUAUGAAGAUGAUGAUGAUGAUGAAUAUGACCCGGAAAUGGAUGAUUUCAUUGAAGAUGAAGGAGAGCCUCAGGAAGAAAUAUCCAAGCACAUUCGAGAAAUCUUUGGCUAUGACCGAAAAAAAUAUAAAGAUGAGAGUGACUAUGCCUUACGUUACAUGGAGAGCAGUUGGAAGGAGCAGCAGAAGGAAGAAGCCAAGAGUUUAAGACUAGGUAUGCAGGAGGACUUAGAGGAAAUGAGGCGAGAAGAGGAAGAAAUGAAGCGUCGAAAGGCCAAGAAGCUAAAGCGACAUUAGCUGCUGCUGUUGAGUUUCUGAAUUCUGGGACACUGCUGCAAGGAUUUCCUGCCUUCAGACGGAACAAGCCCCUAUCAGUUUAGAUUCCCAUGUGACCGCUGGAGGAAGGACUGCAU